ACUUUGCUUGCUUCUUCAACCAAGAUACAAUAUAAUCACACAAUUUAUCAUCAAAAUCGUAUUCUAUUCUAAUGGCAGAUCACCAAAAAAUCCACCCUGACCCGACCGCACCAGAAGCCGACCUUGAAUCACAACAAAAACCCACUGCACCAUUGGUCCCUCGAGGCUCAUCUCGGUCUGACAAUGGCUAUCCUACCGAACCAGCACCGCCUCCCCAACGUACAAUCCCAAUCAAAUACUCUAGACCACCAAGAAAGAAAAACUGGUGUUGCCGGUUCCUAUGUUGUAUGCUAUGCAUACUACUAACACUGGUGAUCGUCAUAGGCAUCUUAGCAGCAAUAGUGUACUUCGGGUUUGACCCAAAAAUACCAAAAUACUCGGUUGAUGGCAUGACUAUCACCCAAUUCAACCUCAACAAUGAUAACUCGUUAUCAGCUCAAUUCAAUGUCAACAUUACCGCUCGAAAUCCCAAUUCAAAAAUCGGUAUAUAUUAUGAAGGUGGAUCCAAAUUGACCGUAAUUUACAUGGGAACAGUUUUGUGUGAAGGAGCAUGGCCUAAGUUUUAUCAAGACCAAAAGAACACAACUAUACUAACCAUCCCUCUAACAGGUCAAACCACAGAUGCUUCUGGCCUAUUGAACUCGCUACAGGCCCAACAGCAAACUGGAACUGUCCCACUAGUCCUUAGAGCAAAAGUUCCGGUCCGUAUUAAGCUUGGUAAGUUGAAAUUGCCAAAAUGGAAGCCAUUGGUGAGAUGCAGGGUCAAUGUGAAUACGUUAUCUACAGACAAUGUUAUUAGGAUUAGGGACAGCAGCUGUAGUUUCAAGUUUAAGUUAUAAUAAUUCUUCUGAUUUAUUCGGUAUUUAAUUUAUUACAUUGGCAUGUUCGUUCUUAUUAUUUUUUCUUGAUUUGAUAUAUCGAAGAGAUAGUGGAGGAUCAUAGGUCGGUUUUUCCCCCCUUCUCUACAUUGUGUGUUUUACAGUAUAUGUUUAGAUUGUUCUACUAUACAUUAUGAGAUAA